CCCGUCGUAUCCGCCCUCAUCACCAAAAUCGACUCCACGCCCGAAUGGCACUCCAAGUUUACCAACGCAAUAGAAACCGCGCGUGCCACCGGAAUCCAAGAAAUGGAACCCAUCAAAACCCUCCAAAACUACUACCAUUUCCUCAACGAGCUCCUUCUCUGGGUUCCCUCUGAGAACUUCCAGGGAACAGACGUCUAUAACCAUUUCUGCCUCUUUUAUUUCGUUCUAGAUCAGAAAUCGACGAAGGACUUGCAAACACCGAUUCUUCCUGGCCUUAAUCCGGAGAGUUUGACAUGGCUGUCGGAUUGGAUGGUGCAGUAUGCCAAGGCCCAAGGACAGUUUCUGGAUACGCCGGAAUCGAUCUCUGAUGAAUCGAUGGAGACGUUUUGGGCGUCGCCAAAUUAUAACAUGGGGGAUUAUCUUGAGCCGAGAGGAGGCUGGAAGACGUAUAAUGAGUUCUUUGCGAGGAAUUUCAAGCCGGGGUAUAGGCCUGUUGCAGCAAUAGCUGGUCAGAGCGUUAUUGUGAGCCCUGCGGACUCGACUUUCGAUGGACAGUGGGAAAUUCGCUCUGACUCAGGAGUCACCAUCAAAACUAUUCAUUGGAAGAUCAGUGAACUCUUGGAAGGAAGCCCGUACCAAGAUCGAUUCAACAACGGGAUCUUUACUCAUGCUUUUCUCAGCCCAGCAGAUUACCACAGACAGCAUGCCCCAGUCGGUAGCAAGGUUAUUGAAGCUCGUAUCAUCCCAGGCCAGGUGUACCUCGAAGUCAACCCACGUCCAUCCCUCGACGGGUCACUAAGUCUCGUACCUCAGCGAAAGCUUCAUAGCCCACCAGCCAAUAUCUCACUAUCAGGUGGUGACCAAGCGGGAGUUAUGGUAUUUGAUGCCCCUGAUAAUGCUGGCUACCAGUUCUGUCAAACUCGUGGACUCGUAGUGCUUGAUACGGAGAUUGGGCUUGUUGCUGUGCUGCCUAUGGGCAUGGCGCAAGUUUCCUCUGUCAUCCUCACUGCGGAGGUAGGACAAACCUUGCGCAAAGGGGAGGAGAUCUCGUAGUUCCAAUUUGGAGGAUCGGAUAUUGUGCUUGUAUUUGAGGAGAAGAGUAAUGUCAGUGUUACUGCUCAGGUUGGGACGCAUUAUAAGGUGGGGAACAGGAUCGCACAGGCGUUUCCUGGGUCUUGAAAUGGCUGGUAGCAGUUCAGCGCCAGACUUCGGUGCGAGUUCGCUGCAGACUAAGUCCUUCUAAAAAUAUCAGAUCUUAUCUGAAGAAGCUGAUCGGAGAUGGUCCACUGAGUAAUGGAAACUUGACGUCCCCUCAUACACACUCUGUCUGUAGUCGCUGGUAAAAAUCCGAUUCUGAAACGAACAAAUAUCGAUCAGAAAUCCGACAAAAUGCAAAGAAAUGAAAACAGGCCUCGUCACAGGACAAAAAUAAAGCUUGUCACAUCGAGACGGUGACGGUGAUGACAUUGAGA